UUUGCGUAGGCUUUUGCUUUGCUCUCACAUACGUUACUCUUCUCCUUAAUUUACAAAGUAUUUAUUUAUUUCAGAGCAGGGAUAAUAUAUAAUCAUGGUUUAAUUACAGCUAUACCCCUGGAACUAGCGCUAGCUAUUUCAUCUGCUCCUCCGUCGUCUUGAGUCUCUUGGGUAUUCAGUAUUCUCCUCUCUCUGGUCCUGCCUCUGCCUCUGCCUCUGCCUCUGCCUCUGCCUCUGCCUCUGCCUCUGCCUCUGCCUGCAGGUGUUGUAGGAGGCUUGAGAGUCUCGAGACAUGUCGAUGGGACCGACAGCGGUGGAGAAACAAAUAACAAUGUCAUCAGCUUCAUCAUAUCCUCCUCCUCCUUCAGUUGAGUUGUCGGCUCCUCCAAGUCCAAGAAGUAGUUUAAGCAGCAGCAACAAGUCCACCAUGAAUCGGAAACCCCCAUGGCUCUUGCCCGUCCUUGACGAUAUGGAAGAGAGGAUGAAGAUGGUGGCAUCUAACACAGCUCAACAAGACACUGGAGACACCUUCGCUGAACGAGCCGAGGCUUACUACAAACGACGCCCUCAGCUUCUCUCUCUGCUUCAAGACUUGUACAAUGCCUACCUCACUUUAUCCGAUCGUUACAUUCAAACAAUCGCCAAAACCAAUCAUCGACGCAGACACUCCUCCCAAACCUCAAUCACUGAUAAUGGCUACUAUGACGACUAUCAUGACCAACAAGACGCAGAUGGUGAUACAUUAAGCCAGAUGGAUUCGGACGUGGACAGUUCCCUCUCCUAUCAGCAAUUACCUCUGGCUGCUGCUGCUCAGGAUGAUGGCAUGGUUUUGGAUUUGGACGCGAUUGUUACGGAGAUUGUGAUGAAGAAUGUCGAAUGUGAUAUCUUACUUGAUGAGGCCGACACCACAGAGAGGCGAUACAACGAGUCAUCCAGGAAGAUAGAGUUGCAGAAGAGCUUGCUUGAGGUGCUGGAGUCCGAAAGGCUCAUACUACUGCAUGAGAAUGCCAAGUUGGGGUACAAAUUGGGUGCACUGAUGGAAGAGAACAAAGCCCUCGCAUCCGAGUCUAUGUUCAUUAAGAGGAAGGCUGGAGAGCUGGCUAGAUGUCUGCUCAAGGUGAGGGAGGAUCAGAGGGUGUGCAUGCUUAGCCGUAAAAUCGAGGACCUGCAGGGCCAGAUUUAUGGGUUGGAGAGGAGGAACAAGGAGUACUAUGAGCAACUCAUGAAGAGAGACCAAUGGUCCUCCCAACUUGAACAAGAAGAGAGUAGGAGCAUCAACAACAAGAGCAAGUUUAAUGGGAAUGAGGUGAACAUGGAUAUUUGCUUCCAAAUAGGGAAGAUUCAAUCGGCAAGAGAGGCUGAUAGAGUGAAGGUUUUUGGAGCUAGUGAAGAUUUGGAGCUGUGAACGGGAAGAAGGGUUUGAGUUGGUGGGGAAAGGUCAAGAACAUGGAUUUGUUUCUGUGCGGAGGCUCUACUUAACCUUAAUGGUCUCUGUUUAGUAAACUUAAGUUAAUGGUGGUCUGUUUACAUUUCUUCUAUUGAACUCAACGCUGUCAUGAACCUGCUGACUCCAUGGUGAUUCUGCCUUAUAUUAGUUUCAUGGUUAAGGAGAAUUUGAUGCUGAAACCAGGUGAGGUGUGCCACUAUAGUUGAAGUUGCCAACUUUUAAUCUAUGACUAAACUAUUGAAUGCUUCAAAUGAA